UUGCAGCAAUCAAAGUGGAACACAUUAAGAAGCGCGAGGGAGUUUGUGUCUUAUUAAAUAAACCAUGCCUUUUGCUGAUGAUAAUCCCGUUGACUUUGAAAUGGAAAUGCCGGCAAAUGACGAUUUGUUGGGCGAAGAGCAGGAAGAGACUGACCAAACCAGCUCUGAUCUAACAGAAAUAACAAAGUUGAUCAAAGAAUGCGCUACGCAAUGUCUAAACUAUACGGAAUCUAGUAAUAGAAAACUGAAUGAAUUAAUUACUUCUGAGCAAAACAAAUGCUCAAAAAUAGUGGAAGAUAAAUUUGGGUUGAUGUGUGCGCUUAAUCAACCAGUUAACAUCAAUGUUUCAACAGCCAUGAAAAUAUGCGCAAUGCACAAAGAACAGUUGGAAAAAUUUAACCGUUUGUUCAAGGCCGAGGAUGAAUGUGCACAUGCGUAUGCCACACACUGUACCGAAGCCAUUAAGGCCGCUGAAGCGAACGCCCUCAAAGAGGGAUUCGACGAAUACACCGAUAUGUCUCACUCCAUGUUGGUUGAUCGCAUAUUGGAUAUGCAAAAUCAAAUAGAAACCAUAAAAUCUAAAACUGAAAGUUUGAAGGCUAAGUAUAAGAUGCGUUUGGCGGAACAUCAAGCCGAAUUCAGUUCACUUCUAAAGGAGACGGCUGUUCUUGAGAAAAUUGAACUAGAUUUAAUGUAAACGGUUUUAGCGGUCAAUGCCGGCAAUAGUUUGAGAGUUAAAAUAUAAAUAUACUUGUCUGCCAUUCCAGCGAGGUCGGAUAAGGAUUUGAAGACCAAGUUCGUUGAGAUAGGAAAGGGCUAUAAUAAUUUUUUUCUAUUAUAUUUUUUUUUCACACACAAUUUCCAAACGUUCUAUACAUGUCUCAAUAUAUUCUACACUAAUAAAGAUGUACAUGACUUACUAUUCAAAUGUUA